AGUCUUCAGUAACUAGUUGAGGUGUAUUUGAGUUUGACAGUCGUUAGUCGUGGUAAUGCAGAUACAUACGAUGAUCCGGUAGUAAAGUGCAAUUGUUGACUUUUCGAUUAUUUUAUUCACGGUGUUACAUCAAAUAAAAAAAAACGUUUUUCACUGGUUGUCGUUUGAAUUGCAAAUUACCGUUUAUAUUUUUAGCAGACUGUCAAAAAGAAACACACCUAUAAUGGAUAUGGAGGUAGACGAAUCUUGAUGCCUAGAAUGAGCCCUACGAAAAUAGAGACAAGAAGAGGAUGCGUCCGACCGCCACAUUUCGAUAUACUAUGGCUUCCAAAAGCAGCUAUGAAAUCGAUGGAAGGCGAUUCUUCAGAUUGUGUCUUAGUAGUCGGUGUUUCCCGACCAAAAAUGGCCCUAGCAAUACUAACAAUUAUGCUGAUCUCGCUCUUCUUUACAUUUCAUUUGAUCUACGACAGUGCCCUUAACAGUCUACAAACAAGAAACGUGGAACAUUCAAGGCCUCCAGUUCUUCUUCUUUCCAAAAGACUGUACCCUGCUGCUGCCAGAAGACUACCACAGGCUAUAAUCAUGGGAGUAAGAAAAUGUGGUACAAGGGCAUUACUUGAAAUGCUCUAUCUACAUCCAAUGAUUCAGAAAGCAGCUGGAGAAAUACAUUUCUUCGAUAGGGACGAAAACUACUUCAAAGGUUUAGAAUGGUACAGGAUGCAAAUGCCACAUUCUUACGCGGGACAGAUAACGAUCGAAAAAAGUCCUAGCUAUUUCGUUACGCCAGAAGUCCCCGAACGUAUCCGAGCCAUGAACUCCAGCAUCAAACUACUUCUUAUUGUCCGCGAACCAGUUACUCGUGCCAUAUCGGAUUAUACUCAGUUACGUGCUAACGCAGCUACAGCUUCGCCCGCUCUACCUACACCGAAUCCAAAAACGUUUGAACAAUUGGCGCUCUUUCCCAACGGAUCUAUAAAUGAAUCAUACAGACCUCUUGCUAUAUCUAUAUACCAUAACUACAUGCACAGAUGGCUGGAAGCUUUUUCUAGGGAUCAGUUGCUCAUUGUCAAUGGAGAUCUACUUAUAGAGGAUCCUGUUAGUCAAAUUCAGAAGAUUGAACGCUUCCUUGGUAUAGAAGCCAGAAUAGGGACCCAUAAUUUUUAUUUUAAUGAAACCAAAGGGUUUUUCUGUCUCAGGAAUGAAACUUCUGAUAGAUGCCUGCGAGAAACAAAAGGAAGAAAACACCCAAGAGUAGAUCCUGAAGUUAUAUCGAAACUUAGAAAAUAUUUUGGGGAACAUAACCAAAAAUUUUAUGAGCUUGUCGGAGAAGACCUCGGAUGGCCAGAGGAAUAAUGUUGAUUUAGUCUUUAGGUUAAUUAAAAUUGUGAUCCAUCAAAUAUUGAGACUAAUCAAGGUGAAAUUUCACAGUGUUGUUAUUUAAAAUUUGCAUUUUUAUAUUGGUUUCCACAAGAUUAUGAAAAUUAAUGGUAUUAGUUAAAAUCUAAUAUAUGUUUUAUUACUAAAAAAUUUAGUAUUAGGAGUAGUAUUUUGAGUAAUUUAUCAAUAAAUUCUCUUCUAAAAUGUGGCCUAUCAACAAAUAAUGAGUACUAUCUGAGACAUAAGAGUAUUUUUAUAUCACUAUUUCAGUUUGUUAAAUUUUGCCUUGAUGAACAAACAAAUGGAAACCAAAACAUUUAAAACCUGGUCUUGGUUCAAUAUUUAUGACUAUAUACAUCAUCCAAAGGAUUAUAACGGACGUCAAUCUAUCAAAAUUAUUUUUAUCGUGUAAAAACAAAAAAGGAAUAAGUGAAAAUAUGAAUAAUGUAUGAAAAAAUAACAUCAAUAUGUUGUUCCGUCUAAGAUGAAGCUAAUUCUAUCAAAAACUUUUUAUUUUUUUUGCAAUGUUGUUUAUUCGCUCCAUAUUUUUAAAAGCUCUCUCGAUAAUAAACUAUUUCAUGCUCGCUUUUUGAAUAACUUAACAGAUCAUAUUUCCAUAUUUCCCAAAGGAACAUAAUCCCCACUUAAACAUGCAUAAAGAAGUUUGUUACUGAAGUUUAAGAGAUUACAGUUAACCAAGAGGUUAAAUCGAUUAUAAACUUUUAUAGAUGCGGAGUUGAGAAAUAUCAACUAUUUUGAUAAAGUAUCAAAUUAAUGAACUACUAAAAUUUAUAUUACACUAGUUUCUGUGGUUUUUAUGCUAUAGAAACGAAACGAAAGUUAUCAAUUAUUGUUUUUUAGGUUAUAGUUAGUCAGACAUCAUAAUAAAAAAAUUCUGACACGUCCGUUUCUAGAAAUUCUUCAUUAUUCAUAAAACUUGGUAAUUAUAGUGUGAACAAUAACAAAAUAAUUGAUUAUGACACACUUUGGCCCCCUUUUCAUAGUUUUCAAAAUGACUUAUGACGUUCAAAAAUCUUCAAAUACCUCCUCUUAAUCAAUUAUACUAAAUUAUGAGGGGAAAAAUUCAGAUGUGAGUGCAGAAAAUGAAUUUUGCAUUUUCUGUUGGAAAUUGGGAGCUUUUCUAUAGGUCAAACCUUCAUAGUAUCAUAAUCUUUUUAUUUGUUAAAAUCUGUGUCUGCUUGAAUGACUUUCAAGCAUUUU